UCUGCAUCCUCCCACCCUCCUCUGCUGCAUCAGCAUCAGCCUCUCUCUCUCUCUCUCUUUCUCUUGCUUUCUCUGCCAUCCUUAGAGCAUCUUUCUCCUCCCAGCUUGGCUGAGCCGGGAAGCUCCGUUUUAUCCAUCACUGCAAUUACCAGUAACCUCCCACCCUCCUUCCCUCCCUCCCCCACCUUCUUUAGCUUUCUCCUCCGCCCCACAGAAGAGGGGUUCUUGCCAGCCACCGUGUCUGUCUGCUGUGCCACAGGGAGGGUGGGGAAGAAAACCCACUGAAGACUCGCAGCCGCCUGAGGAAGCGCAAUGAAGGAUCGUACUCAGGAGCUGAGAAGUGCCAAAGACAGUGACGAUGAGGAAGAGGUGGUGCACGUGGACCGAGACCAUUUCAUGGAUGAAUUCUUUGAGCAGGUGGAGGAGAUCCGCGGCUGUAUUGAGAAGCUCUCAGAGGAUGUGGAGCUGGUGAAGAAGCAGCACAGUGCCAUCUUGGCUGCCCCCAACCCGGAUGAGAAGACCAAGCAGGAGCUGGAGGACUUAACAGCUGAUAUCAAGAAGACUGCCAACAAGGUGCGCUCCAAAUUGAAAGCAAUUGAGCAAGGGAUUGAACAGGAAGAAGUGCAGAACCGAUCUUCUGCUGACCUGCGGAUCCGGAAAACACAGCACUCAACCCUCUCCCGCAAAUUUGUGGAGGUGAUGACGGAAUACAACACAACCCAGUCCAAAUAUAGAGACCGAUGCAAGGACCGUAUCCAGAGACAGCUGGAGAUAACUGGCAGAACAACAACCAACGAAGAGUUAGAAGACAUGCUGGAGAGCGGAAAGCUGGCGAUUUUCACGGAUGAUAUCAAAAUGGACUCACAGAUGACGAAGCAAGCCCUGAAUGAAAUCGAGACCAGGCACAACGAGAUCAUUAAGCUGGAAACCAGCAUCCGGGAGCUGCACGAUAUGUUUGUGGACAUGGCUAUGUUGGUGGAAAGCCAGGGCGAGAUGAUUGACCGCAUUGAAUACAAUGUUGAGCACUCUGUUGACUACGUGGAAAGAGCCGUCUCUGACACCAAGAAAGCUGUAAAAUACCAGAGCAAGGCUCGGAGGAAGAAAAUUAUGAUUAUAAUUUGUUGUGUGGUUCUUGGUAUAGUACUGGCUUCCUCAAUCGGAGGCACACUUGGGUUGUAAAUUAAAAGCAAAAAAAAAAUAUAAUAAUACUAAUACUAAUAAUAAUAAUUUAAAAAAUUGUACAUGCAGUGGAUAUAACAGCACAUGUUCCAGCUACCUAGAGAUAAAACAACUUUAUUGGGUCAGCAAAUCUAAGUUUGUUGUUCAACACCAUCUCUUCAUCCAUUUUUUUACUCAUUUGCUAGACACCAGGGUUUUGGCUCUGAAUUUUCAGAUAUUUCUGGGCCUCAACCAGGUGUCUUGUAAGUACACCUCCCUGUCCCACUGCACCAUGAUUCAAAAUGUGUAAUUCCUACUACACCCCCCACAGAUUUCCCCUUUCAUAUCAACAAUUAACCCUGUGGGAAGGUAUGGUUCGUGGUAUUCUUUGCCUGUUUCACAUGGGGAAGGACAUAGCCAUGGAUCAAGUAGUUCACCUCUGACAAGCCACUCCAUAACAUGAGAGGACAGAGUGUAUCCAAAGAAGCACAAUACUUCGGUAUUAGUACGUACUACAGUAUUAGGCGCUGGCAAGGGCCGUAACCUAGUGCACCAUUAUUUUGAGUUUAUUUUGAUUGGAUAUUGCGAUAGCAAGUACACAGGUUUCCAGCCUGCUCAGAGAAAAGGAAGGAUUCAGUGCACAUAGAGACCGUUGCUAAUCUUUUCCUUUUCUCAGAGCUCACAGGGAGAAACUCAUGCACUCACCGUUCUUGGGUAACAUGGACAUUGUUUCCAAGAACAGAAUUAGUUAAAUAUAUUUUGGUGGUUUUU